AUACUCUUCACAAUGUAUCUGGCAACCUCAGCUGGUUUUCGCUUCUUGUCUCGGAUCCACCUUUGCUGCCUGAGCUUACGCUCCCUCACACGGGCAUAAAUAGGCUUCUGCUGCUGCCAGAACUCAGUGCGUGUGUCCAGGGUACCCGUAAUUCCAGCUGAAAGAAGCAAUGAGCAUUCACUGCACUGACUUCACAGGGAAAUAUGGCUUGGCAUCGCAGAAGAAUGAGGCACUACUUCAGUGGACCACCCCAAAAUUAAGCAAUUGAGAAAGUGUCCAUUAUCAAAAAUGUGAACCUUAAACAUCAGACUAGGUAACCAUGUCAGCCAAAGCCAUCUCGGAGCAGACGGGGAAGGAGUUCCUGUAUAAGUACAUCUGCACGUCCUCCGCCAUCCAGAACUGCUUCAAGUAUGCCCGAGUCACCCCGGACACCGACUGGGCGCGACUCACCCAGGACCACCCUUGGCUCCUGAGCGAGCGUUUAGUGGUGAAGCCAGAUCAGUUAAUCAAGCGACGUGGGAAGCUUGGACUGGUUGGAAUUAACCUCACCCUGGAUCAGGUGAAGGUUUGGCUCAAACAGCGUUUGGGCCAAGAAACCACGAUUGCUAACGCUAAGGGAAUCCUGAAGAAUUUUCUGAUCGAACCCUUCGUCCCUCACAAACAGGAGGAAGAGUUCUACGUGUGCAUAUAUGCUGCCCGGGAGGGAGACUAUGUCCUCUUCCACCAUGAAGGUGGCGUGGAUGUGGGAGAUGUUGAUGCCAAAGCUCAGAAGCUGCUUGUGGCAGUGGAUGAAAAGCUCAGUGAAUCAGAUGUGAGGAAACAGCUCCUGCAGUACGCACCAGCAAAUAAAAAGGACGUCUUGGCUAGCUUCAUCUGUGGCCUGUUCAACCUUUAUGAAGAUCUGUAUUUCACAUACCUCGAGAUCAAUCCAUUAGUGGUGACUAAAGAUGGUGUCUACAUCCUUGACUUGGCUGCAAAGAUUGAUGCAACUGCUGACUACAUCUGCAAAGUGAAAUGGGGAGAUGUGGAGUUUCCCCCUCCCUUUGGCAGGGAAGCCUACCCAGAGGAAGCCUACAUUGCUGAUCUGGAUGCAAAAAGUGGAGCCAGCUUGAAACUUACUAUUCUCAACCCUAAAGGCAGGAUCUGGACCAUGGUGGCUGGUGGUGGUGCCUCUGUAGUUUACAGUGACACCAUUUGUGACCUGGGAGGUGUAAAUGAACUGGCUAACUAUGGGGAAUACUCAGGAGCCCCAAGCGAGCAACAGACCUAUGACUAUGCUAAGACUAUUCUCUCCCUCAUGACACGAGAGAAGCACCCUGAAGGUAAAAUUCUGAUCAUUGGAGGCAGCAUUGCUAACUUCACUAAUGUCGCAGCCACUUUUAAGGGCAUCGUGAGAGCAAUUAAGGAUUACCAAGGCCCUCUGAAAGAGCACGAGGUGAGGAUCUUUGUACGAAGAGGAGGCCCGAACUACCAGGAAGGAUUGCGUGUCAUGGGAGAAGUGGGAAAGACGACUGGGAUCCCCAUCCAUGUCUUUGGCACGGAGACUCACAUGACUGCAAUUGUGGGGAUGGCGCUCGGCCAUCGGCCUAUCCCUAACCAACCGCCUGCCGCGGCCCACACUGCCAACUUCCUCCUCAAUGCCAGUGGCAGCCCUUCGACUCCAGCACCAAGCAGAACGGCUUCUUUCUCCGAGUCCAAGCCAGAUGAUAUUGCUCCAGCCAAGAAGGCAAAGCCAACAGCACCUCUCGGUAAAGCUACAACCCUCUUCAGCCGUCACACCAAAGCUAUCAUUUGGGGGAUGCAGACACGGGCCGUGCAAGGGAUGCUGGACUUUGAUUACAUUUGCUCCCGGGAUGAGCCGUCAGUAGCUGCCAUGGUUUAUCCAUUCACUGGUGACCACAGGCAGAAGUUCUAUUGGGGCCACAAAGAAAUCCUGAUCCCAGUCUACAAGAACAUGUCUGAUGCCAUGAGGAAGCACCCAGAGGUGGAUGUUCUCAUCAACUUCGCAUCUCUGCGCUCUGCUUAUGACAGCACUGUUGAAACGAUGAAUUAUCCACAGAUCCGCACGAUUGCCAUUAUUGCUGAGGGCAUUCCAGAGGCACUGACACGCAAACUGAUCAAGACAGCAGAUAAAAAAGGAGUCACUAUCAUUGGGCCUGCAACUGUUGGUGGGAUCAAACCAGGUUGCUUCAAAAUAGGCAAUACGGGAGGCAUGCUGGAUAAUAUUUUAGCAUCAAAACUGUAUCGUCCUGGCAGCGUGGCUUAUGUUUCAAGGUCCGGAGGAAUGUCUAAUGAGCUCAACAACAUAAUUUCCCGAACCACUGAUGGGGUCUACGAAGGGGUGGCCAUUGGAGGAGACAGGUAUCCUGGUUCAACUUUUAUGGAUCAUGUCUUGCGCUAUCAGGAUACCCCAGGAGUGAAAAUGAUUGUGGUGCUUGGAGAGAUUGGAGGCACAGAAGAGUACAAGAUCUGCAGGGGUGUUAAAGAAGGCCGUAUCACCAAGCCAGUGGUGUGCUGGUGUAUUGGUACCUGUGCCACCAUGUUCUCUUCAGAGGUACAGUUUGGCCAUGCAGGAGCUUGUGCUAACCAGGCGUCUGAAACUGCUGUUGCAAAGAAUCAAGCUCUGAAGGAAGCUGGUGUGUUUGUUCCCCGGAGUUUUGAUGAGCUGGGAGAGGUCAUUCAGUCUGUCUAUCAGGAUCUUGUAGCCAAAAGAGUGAUCGAGCCAGCUGAGGAAGUGCCUCCUCCAACUGUGCCAAUGGAUUAUUCCUGGGCAAGGGAACUGGGUCUGAUCCGCAAGCCGGCUUCCUUUAUGACGAGUAUCUGUGAUGAGAGAGGUCAGGAACUGAUUUAUGCUGGGAUGCCAAUAACUGAGGUCUUCAAAGAAGAGAUGGGGAUUGGAGGGGUUCUGGGCCUGCUCUGGUUUCAGAAGAGGCUACCAAAGUACGCCUGCCAGUUCAUUGAGAUGUGUUUGAUGGUGACGGCAGAUCACGGGCCUGCUGUAUCUGGAGCCCACAACACUAUUGUCUGUGCAAGAGCUGGAAAAGAUCUUGUCUCAAGUCUCACUUCAGGCCUUCUCACUAUUGGUGACCGGUUUGGUGGAGCACUGGAUGCUGCAGCUAAAAUGUUCAGCAAAGCUUUUGACAGUGGGAUUAUCCCUAUGGAGUUUGUGAAUAAGAUGAAGAAAGAAGGGAAACUGAUCAUGGGCAUUGGACACAGAGUCAAAUCAAUAAAUAACCCAGACAUGAGAGUUCAGAUUCUCAAAGACUACGUGAAACAGCAUUUCCCUGCCACCCCACUGUUGGACUAUGCACUUGAAGUAGAAAAAAUUACAACUUCCAAGAAACCAAAUCUUAUCCUGAAUGUAGAUGGCUUUAUUGGAGUUGCCUUUGUUGAUGUACUCAGGAAUUGUGGCUCUUUCACACGGGAAGAAGCAGACGAAUAUAUUGAUAUAGGAGCUCUUAAUGGCAUCUUUGUACUAGGCAGGAGUAUGGGAUUCAUUGGACACUAUCUAGAUCAGAAGCGCUUGAAGCAAGGCCUGUACCGUCACCCGUGGGACGACAUAUCCUACGUUUUACCAGAGCACAUGACUAUGUGAUAACCAGUAGUACUGCCUCAGAAUGUCACUUCAAGAAGCUGGAAGCCUGCACAGAGGACAGCCACAAAUGGGACUUUGAUGUGUAAAGGCCAUUGAUCAUAGACAUUGAGCUGCCUAGUUAAACUGUGCAAAGCAACUGUUUUAUAAGAAUAGAAACCUACUCAAAAACCAAAACUUAUGAUAUUCCAUGUUACCUGCUGUAUUUAAUACUGUCUCUCACACUUUUAUUUUUUACUACUCUUGUUUUAUUUUGUUUCCAGGAAAGAUUUUAAGGGUUUCGGGGGGGAGUUUUUCUCAUAGACGCAGUCAUUUUGAACUUACCCUGACAGAGGGGAAAGUACCCAUCAUUCCCAUAAGCUAUGAUUUGGCUGUUGUGUUUUUUUGUUGGUUUUUUUUUUUUUUCAUUUUGUUUACUGUGUUCAUCUUCACAGUCUAAUCAUCACAGCCUGAGUAGUGGGACCACUGCUGAUGUAUAACCAAUGCUACUCAAACUCUGGUGUAGUAAUUUAAAAUGUAAAGCUGUAACAUACUGCUGUUAAAACUGUGAAACUCCAUGUAUUCCGGUGUCUGUAUUUAUGCAAACAACUUCUCACGUACUACUAGAUUGCUGGUAUAUGGAAUGUCAGUCUCCCACGUUAUCUGCAGAUGCAAAAAUAAUCUCAGUAAUAACUUUAGCAUCCUACUUGUCUGUGUAUUGUAACCAAACAAAUAAAUGAUACACUACUA